UCUGCUCUUGCUAGUGAGGUGCUUUCGUUGCUACUGAGCGCUGCGGAAUACGGGAUAUUUAUAAGCUGAUCAAGUGAGAAAUGAUCGUUGUACAUCGCACCAAUCAGUCUGUGGUUUCUGACACAGGCUCGGGUUAAUGGAGUGAAAAAGAAAAAAAUACAGCAAAUAAGAGAGAGAGAGAAAGGUCCAGCCACGAUAUAAUAAUUCUUCUAUAUCGUGGUCCAGGCUUUGUGCUGGGACGGACAAGAUCUCCCCCGGAAAGCGAGGGUUCAAAAAUAAAACGGAUAUCUUAUCAGUGAACAAUUUCCGCUGAUAUAUCUCUCAAAAGAAGACACUUUCAAGAUAAGAUGCAUUGCAUCUGAAUAAAUAUACAGUGCACGUUCAAAAACACUUAACUAUACAUAUACAAAAACGAAAUAUGUGAAUGUAUACAAACUUCUAAGAAAUAUUCAGCAGAAUACACCAACUAAAGAUAUCCUUUGGCAGGAUGGAUCCUACACCAGUCAUAGACGACUCCGACAAGCGUUCCUUCCUCCUGUUGAAGAUGCUCAACGAGGUCAUUCGUCCCGCCAUGGGGCAGAUUCUACUCUGGGUUACCCCGGACUGGGACCAGCGUCAACAUCACUUCAUAAGUUACUUGACAAAUGUAAAGAGAGCUGAUGAGAAGAAGAUCAAGAAGCUCAAGAAAAAACUCAACAAACAACAAAACGAUGCCAUUAUGGAUAAGGAAUUCAAGGAGUGGGACAUCACUUUAAUCAGUCUCCUCCUGAAAUAUUGUGAAGGGUUGGCCGAAGAUGAUCACCAGGAUUGGUUAUUAAACAGUGAGAAAGAGCCGGAAUGCCAUAUCACAGCUCUGAAGGAUAUAAGAAACACACUGGCUCACGAGCAGACCCAACUUUCCAAGGAAUAUUUCAUUCUCAAAACGGACGAAAUUCGUAAACUCAUUGAAAACGUCCUUAAGAGUGUGGGUCAAAGAUGUAGUCAAGUCAGCCAAGGGGAUAUAGAGACAUGCAUAAAGGAAUUCACCAAGAAGCUCAAGGAAAUCAGAGACGCAACCUUUUUGCCAGCGACUUUUGAUGAGUUCCAGAAAGAAUCGCUAUUUCAUGAACUGAAGGAACAUGUGAAAAAGGAGGGCAUGCCAGUGUUGUUAAGCCAUCUGAAAAGACUCACGACCUUCACCCCUCUGUUCCUGUUCUUAGUAGAGAUGAAAGGAAAAGAAGUUGAAGUGAAGGAUAUAUUCACAGACAUGUACAUGCAGGAGGAUGAACGGAGAGUGAAAGUUUUACUGAAAGACAUCAUAGCCAUUGCAUCUAACACUGAUCCUAAAGGAUUUAUAUUGCUGAAGGGCUAUGCCGGAGGGGGCAAAACCACAAUAUUAAAAAAGAUUACCUCUGACUGGGUUCAGAAGGCUGGGUACAUUAAAGGCCUCGAUUCUUUCGACCUGCUGCUAUACGCAGAGUUCAGAGAUCGAAUUGAGAGUUUUGUGGAGCUUUUGCAUCAUUUAUUAGGUGAUGUUCAUCAGUGUUUCAAAAACAAAGACCUUGAAAGAGUAGCCCUAGAUCUGAAAAUCUUGGUUAUCUUGGAUGGAUUCGAUGAGGUCAACGAAAGUUCAUUCAGUCUGUUCAAAAAAAUCCUGCAAUUGGCAAAAUGCGGCAAGAACUUGACUGUUAUUAUUGCAACCAGACCUGAAGCUGAGGAGAACUUAAAUGUUCAACUGAAAUCCGCCAAUGUAAAUGCUGUUCACGUUUGGCUGGUAGGUAUCGAAGCCAACAAAAGGGCAGAGUUUGUGGAAAAAUACUUUCAUGGUCUAUCUCAGAAGAUUAAACCUUUGCAAGGGCUUGGCGGACUGUUGACAUACCUCAAGAAAACUGGGCACAAAAUGAGUGAGGUGUGGAAACUCCCCUAUAAUCUCUCCCUUGUUACAAUUCUUUGGAUGCUUAAGCCAGAAGUAGUGAAUGGAAUUACAACUGAGGCUGAGCUCUAUUGGCAAAUUUUAGCCUUGUGCCGUUCAAAAUUAGAGGAGCGUUUGGGCAGGUACAAGGGCACGUGUGCCUUAAAAGAAAGUGAACGGCAAUCCAAGAUUGAAAAGUUUCUUGAACAGCUAAGCUGGGAGUCCCUUUUGGGUUUAAAGAAUGACCACAUCAAUCUUCCCAAGUUAGCCUAUGACAACAUAGCCCAACUCUGUGGGCAUUUGGAAGUGCCAGUCGAAGAGCUGGCUGGUGCUUUUCUAAAAAAAGUGACUACUUCAAAAGACUCCCACUACAGUUUCCCUCAUAAAGGAAACCAAGAGUUCAUGGGUGCUUACAACAUCUAUACAACGGUGUCAAAAUCAGAAAGAAGAGAAAAGAAGAUAAUUGGCAACAUCUUCAACAAGCUCCACGAUGGUUCACCCCCUGAAUCUUAUGUCAAAUAUCAAAACUUGCUCAUACAGACCCUUAGUAUUUUCCAUGUUUGUGAAAAUGUGACAGUGGCACAGCCAAUCAAAAAGGAGGUACUGAAUCUCUUGCAGCAGUCAGGGUUAAGUGACUGGGACUCUUGGCUUAAAGUCAUGCACAACCUCAAGUGUGAUGACUUCACUGCGAAGUGGAUUGUCGAGAGAUAUAACAUAUUCCAGAGGAAAAUUGUCAUUUCGGAUUCCUCAUUUGAUGCCUACUGUGCACUCUUCAAAGCCUUGAAACCCCCUGUUGAGAACAGAGAUAAGAUCCCCGUCAUGAUAGUUCUAAACGAGACUCCCUCUUCUCUAAUAGAACUUGCAGAAAAUAUAAAAAAACUAGAGUUCCAAGUCAACCAAACUAUCCUCUUGGAUCUUUUCAAAGUUCCUUCCAAAAUAACUUCAUUGCAAGAAGAUGCCAUUCAAAUUCUCCUCCAAAACUGCAAGCGGUAUGUGGGCAUUUGGAGUUCAAAGUUCCAGGUGCCUCUGACUAUGAAAACCCUCUUCAUAAGGCUGCCCAACGAGGACGCCAUGAACAAAUUCCUGGCCUCUCUAGCAAUGACAGCAGAGCUGACAGAAUUAAGGAUCUACAUCAGUGUCAACGUUGGACGAGUGCUUUGCCCAAUUCCAGAAGGUAUUCAAGAUGUCUCCUUUUACAUCAGCGAUAUCCAGACCGAAGAGGACGUUGAAAAGGUCCCAGAGAUCCUUUGUGGGCUCCGACCGCAGGUAGAAGACAGAUCUUUCCCCACCCUCUCCUUUCCUCGGUGCUCCCUGGGUGAAAAGGGACUUCCCAGACUCGUGGACUCCCUCGCCGGAUUCACCGUGAAAGAGUGGAUCCAGUUACCAGAAGACAUAAAACCAGAGGGUGAAGUCAGUGAGGAAAUGUCUGCAAAAGCUCAGGAACUGACUCAGUGUGAACAUGGUAUCAUGUGAUAUGUGACCCUGAUGAUGGGAAAAGCAAUGUAUUCCCGAAAGCUCGGCUGUGCCCUAGUUUUAUUUUAAGGAAAUAAUAAUGUCUGGAAUAAUACCACGUCUUCUGGUUAUCCUGUUCCUGAUUAAAUUGAAGUUUUCUAUAAACGACAACAUACCCAGUUGUUUACGCCACAAAUAUGAUGGAUCCAUUCUACGCACCUAUCGAAAACUCGAAUCCUCCUCUCGAAGAUGGAAAAAGGCACAAAUGGACCAUGAAUUUCUACUGUACUGUUUCCAAUUUUGUGAGAUUCAAGCUCUACCGGUCGUCACUGUAUAAUUUUGACUUCUACCAUAGUGCUACACGUUCUCUUAGAAAUUGCCUCCAAAGUGAAAUCUAUAAGGAAAUUGUCGUCAAUAGUGAAAUCCCUUUCUUCUUCAAUGUAUGGAACACUUUUCGCUUCUCGAUGGAUGAUACGUCGUUAAGAGUCUGCUGAACAGAACCAUUACUAGACAUGUAACCACUACCACUAAAGAACAUAAGCGUAAAUUACUUAAACUCGGUAUUCACCAACUUAAGUUCAUUGACCCAAAUAGUGUCAUUUUUAAUUUCUCUUGUUAUACUCUAUCUAAAAAAGAGGAGUCUCUUUUAGCAUUAGGCUUGGAUUUUUGUUUACCCAAUUUUAAAACCAAAUAUUGUGAAUUUUUCCUCGCGUUUGAAUUGUUUUUCCAUAAUGUUCGGUUGUUAGCUUCUCAUAUUAAUCUUGAAACAGCACGCCAGUCCAUACAGACCUUGGCUCAUGAAACUUUCUCCAGUCUAAAAACUAGAAAUUGGUUUCCGUUUUUCAAGUAUGAUGAUUUUCAAAUUUUGAAGAAACUUGCUAAUAGAAAUGACCUCAUAAUUUGCCGACCAGAUAAAGGUAAAGAUGUAGUGAUACUGAACCGCAAUGAUGAAAUGAUUAAAUUGAAAAAAUUAGUAGUGUUUUGUCCGACUCCAGUAAAUUCGUUGAAGUAGGUCUUCCUGAAUUUAGUACCAUUUUCGAAAUUGAAGAUAAAAUAAACCGUACUCUGAAACAGCUUAAAGAUGACGCUGCUAUUUCUGAAAGCACCUAUAAUUCUCUUUACAGUUCAGGAUCUUCUUUUGCCACAUUGUAUGGACUCCCUAAAGUUCACAAGAAUGACAUUCCCCUUUGAUCAAUUCUUGCUGCUUAUAAUUCACCUAAUUUCGAAAUAGCCCAGUACCUUGUUCCCCUCCUCAACCAUAUCACGAGUAACCGUUUCACACUGCAAAAUUCUUCUUCUUUUGUCUCUGACAUUCUUGAGCAAAAUUCACAUACAUUUAUGGUUAGUUUCGAUGUCCAGUCCCUAUUUACCAAUGUCCCCGUUUUCGAAACCUUUGAUAUUAUCCUUGGAAAAUUAUUCCCUACCCCGAAUACGGUCUACCACAGUUUUACCAGAAAUAAUUUCAAAAAACUCUUGGAACUCUCAGUCAUUGAUACUUUAUUUUUAAAGGGAAAGUUUAUAAGCAUGGCAUGGCCAUGGGCUCCCCUUUAGGACCUUCUUUCGCUAAUAUUUUUGUGUCAUUUAGAGGAACAGUUCUUUAAUCAGUGCCCAGAUAAUUUUAGACCCAGAUUUUAUAAACGAUAUGUAGAUGAUACGUUUUUACUUUUCACCGAGGAACGUCAUGCCCAGUUGUUUUUAGAUUUUGGAAACUUUUCAUUCUAAUAUUACUUUUACCAUGGAAAAAGAAUGUAAUGGCCGCAUUUCCUUUUUAGAUAUUUUGGUCUCUCGCUCUGAAUGAUAUUUUAUGACUGGCAUUUUCAGGAAGAAAACUUUUACCGGCCUUGGGCUAAACUUUUUUAGGCACUGUCCCCUUGCUUUCAAGGUUAAUUCAUGUAAAACUCUCAUUCAUCGAGCCUUUUCCCUUUGCUCCAACUGGAAUAACUUUCACCAGGAAGUUAGGUUUUUAGAGACAUUUUAAGAACAAUUGUUAUCCCCUGAACAUGUUCAAUAAAAUCCUUAAAGAUUUUUUAGACUAUUUUUAAUCCCAAAACUGUAGUCUACACCGUUCCCAAGAAGAUAGUAUAUGUUCCACUACCAUUCACUAAUAAUUCUGGCCCACUAAAACGUAAAUUAUUGUCACUCUUGAGCCAUCUAUACCCUUAUGUUGAGUUCAGAUUUAUUUUUAAUAACCCGCUUACAAUUGGAAGACUCUUUCUCUAUAAAGAUGCCCUCCCGGAGUUGAUGCGUACCUGCACUGUUUAUAAGUUUAAUUGCCCAAAAUGUACUUUUGGGACUCAUAGGGGUGUUAGCCAUCGUACAGGCUUACCUUUAAGCAACAAAGAAAAUAGUGCAAUUAGACGUCGUGCCAUAUCCUGUCACCAUCACAUACAGUACAACUAUUCUGAAAUACUCGGACAAACAAAAAACAGCCAUUCACUUCCAUUUUUAGAGUCCCUUCAUAUUAAACAACAAUCUCCAACACUCAAUAACCAAACCACCUCUGUUCCCUUGUUCAUUGCAUAAUGCUUGUUCUCUCUCUCUCUCUCUCUCUCUCACUUCUGCCCAUUUCAUUCGCAGUUUUCUAACUCGCCCAGUUGUCAUUUAACUACGACAUGAACAGUAGGGUCUCCAAUAUUUUGCACUACAGUAUCAUUACUUUAUUUUUUUUACUCUGAAUAUUCAUGUUUUUAUUUUUCACUCUCAGUAUAUUUCUGCAUUUUAUGUGACCUCUUAUAACUUGUCAUUGAUCUUUUAUUUGCAGUUAACUUAGUUUUUAUGUUCCUUUUUUACUUUCUGUUGUGUAUUUUAUGUUCCUUUUUUACUUUGUUUUAUGUAUUUUAAAGUUUUGUAAUGUUUUUAGACAUAGUCAAUCAAUAUAGAUCUUACUGUUUC